AUGUCUACCCCAUCAUUCUGCUGUGUAGAACCACCAAAUACAUCCAUAUUCCAUACUACUACUAUUUCCUGUCCGGUUAACACAUACAAGAACUCUGACUCUGAGCUGAACACUUGCCAGGACUGUGAACCUAACACUUACAGUGAGCCUGGUUCUAGUUCCUGCACUCCCUGUGGAGCCAGCAGUUACAGACCUGCUGACAAGACUUCUUGUAUAGAAUGCGGGGAAGGAGAAAGAGUCAACUCCGACCAGACUGCUUGUGGCUACAGUGAGCCUGGUUCUAGUUCCUGCACUCCCUGUGGAGCCAGCAGUUACAGACCUGCUGACAAGACUUCUUGUAUAGAAUGCGGGGAAGGAGAAAGAGUCAACUCCGACCAGACUGCUUGUGUGAACUGUGAACCUGGAAACUAUAGAAAUGGUACGAUGACCCAAUGCAACCAGUGCAGGGCAAACUCCUACAGUGCUGCCGGUGCUACAGAUUGCACUGAGUGUAAACCCAACACUUACAGUUCCGAGGGUGCUAAUAUCUGUGUUGAAUGUGAAGAAGGGAAAGAAGUCAACUCAGAGAGAACUGGUUGUAUGGACUGUGAACCUGGAUACUACAGAAAUGGUAAGAUGACCCAAUGUGAUCAGUGCAGGGCAAACUCCUACAGUGCUGCCGGUGCUACAGCUUGUAUUGAUUGCGAAGAGGGACAGCAAGUUAACACAGAAAGAACUGGUUGUAUGGACUGUGAACCUGGAUACUACAGAAAUGGUAAGAUGACCCAAUGUGACCAGUGCAGGGCAAACUCCUACAGUGCUGCCGGUGCUACAGCUUGUAUUGAUUGCGAAGAGGGACAGCAAGUUAACACAGAAAGAACUGGUUGUAUGGACUGUAAAUCUGGAUACUACAGAAAUGGUAAGAUGACCCAAUGUGAUCAGUGCAGGGCAAACUCCUACAGUGCUGCCGGUGCUACAGAUUGCACUGAUUGUGAAGAGGGACAGCAAGUUAACACAGAGCGGACUUCUUGUGAAUCGUGCACGGCAUUGGAUCCAACGUGGAGUGACAUGAUCACUGUAACGAAGUUUCCGGUGAUACCGGGGACAGUGCUGACAGUUCAGUGUGGAGAACCGGACCAUGAUAUUGUGGGCAACAAUACGGUGACUUGUUUGAACGAUUCUCAGUUUGAAGCUGACCCGGAACCUUCUUGUAAAGCGAAGUGCACUGUAAUACCAAUGGAUCCUUCAUGGAAGAACCUAUCAAUCAUGGAACCUGAACUGACUCAACUACCAGUGAAGCACGGUGACAUUAUCCAGCUAAAGUGCAAGAGAAAGUACACUAACCGAGACUGUAACAAGAGUGAAAUGAUAGCGACCUGUCAGAACGGGGGGCUGAACCUGACUUGUUGUCUCACCAACUCUGGUUGUGUAAAAACAGAUUGA